UGUUGCGUCGUAGUCCACUCAGCUGGGAGACUCCUCACUGAAAGCUUCUCUGCCUCCUUUUAACCUCUUUUUUAACUUAAAAAACGUUGUUAAAAACUCCUAAAUUAUCUUUUCACGCUCACUACAGUUUAUACAACAGUCGUGUGUACGUGUCACACCGCGGGACCUCGUCUUCAGUCUCAUUUUCGGGACAUUUUAGUCGCCUGAUCUGCCCCCUCCGGAGCGUGCUAACGUUAGCUCAUCGGCUAGCCACCAUUCACUCUUUAAAGAAACGGUCGAUUAAUCGAUAUCUCUGUAAUCAUGGAUCAAACGGGAGUCGCAGCACAAGCACCAAAGAGCCCGUGGGGUUCAGUGGCCCCGGCGCCUCCGGCCUGCUCUCUGACUGAUGUGAUGAGCGAGCAGCUCGCCAAACAGCUGGACGAGGAGAACAACGCCUUCCCUGCGCUCACUGAUCCCGCUGCAGAUCUGUUGUUCUCAGAUGAAGUUUCUGACACGACCAGCGACCUGAUGCUCGCUCAGAUGCUUCAGAUGCAGUUUGACCGCGAGUUUGACGAUCAGCUGCGUCGGGAGGAGAAGAAGUUCAACGGAGACAGCAAAGUGUCCAUCUCCUUUGAGAACUACCGUAUGGUCCACCCGUAUGAGGACAGCGACAGCUCAGAGGACGAGGUGGACUGGCAGGACACAAGACACGACCCCUACAGAGCAGAAAAACCCCAGACGACGCCGAGGAGAGGCUUCACCGGGAAGGGCAAGAACAUCACCACCAAACACGACGAGGUGACCUGCGGACGCAAGAACACGGCGCGCAUGGACAAUUUUGCUCCAGAGGUCCAUGUCGGCGACGGUUUGGGGAUGGACCUCAAGUUGUCCAACCAGGUGUUCAACUCCCUGAAGCAGCACUGCUACAGCGAGCAGCGACGCAGCGCCAGACUGCACGAGAAGAAGGAGCACUCCACCGCUGAACAAGCGGUGGACCCUCGCACUCGUCUGCUCAUGUACAAAAUGGUGAAUGCCGGCGUGCUGGAGAACAUUAACGGCUGCAUCAGCACCGGAAAAGAGUCGGUCGUCUUCCACGCUGACGGAGGGAGGUGGGUCCACGUCUCCACGUCCAGAGACACUCGCUAAGCAUACAGCUAUAUUAAAAAAA